AUGUCUUCCGCAGCAGACACUACUCCGGGAGCAGAGCUUCAUUAUAUUCUCACCACAUCCCUACCGGUGCAUGACGCGGAAAAGCCAUUGGAGCUACCCGUCAUCGAUAAUCGAUUUCUCGUCGGAUGGGAGGAUGAUCGUGAUCUCAAAAAUCCGAGGAAUUUCCACACCAUACGAAAAUGGCUGUGUGUUACCGUGGUCUCGAUGGGGUCAUUGCUCGUUACUUGUACGUCCUCACUUUACACAUCGUGCUAUGGGCAACUCCACGAAGAAUUUGGAAAUUCGCAGGAAGUUGCAACACUGGGUCUCUCCCUAUUCGUCGUUGGACUUGCUGUUGGGCCUAUGAUGGCAAGCCCGCUGUCCGAAUUUUAUGGACGAAAAUGGAUAUACUUAAUGUCGAUGUUCUUGUUCCUGUUGUUUCUGGUACCUUGCGCUGUCGCCCAAAAUAUCCAAACAAUGCUGGUUGGGAGAUUUCUGGAUGGAUUAGCGGGGAGCGCUUUCCUCAGCGUGGCCGCUGGCACGGUGGCAGAUCUGUUCGUCCCUUCUGAAAUUCAGAAUCCCAUGACGGUGUACACUGUAGCAGCGUUUAUUGGCCCUGCUGUUGGUCCCGUUAUUGGCGGUUUUAUUAAUUCUUUCGCAUCAUGGCGAUGGUCGUUUUACGUGCUCAUGAUCUGGACAGGGAUUUUACUUUUGUGCCUCAUUUUUACCCCCGAAACACAUGAGCCAACAUUGUUAUACCGAAAGGCACUUGCAACUCGGCUGUCUUUCGUUGGGAUUGGACUGGGUACGGUACUUGCGACAUGCACAAAUCCAAUCUGGCGUAAGAAUUACGACAGACUCGUUCGGAACUUGGAGGCCGAUGCAAAACGGAAUGGUGAAGAAAAGGUUCCAAAACCUGAACCUGAGUUUCGUCUUCCACCAGCUAUUUUUGGAGCCGUUGCUGUGACCGUGAGCAUGUUUUGGUUUGGUUGGACCACAUAUCGAUCUAUACAUUGGAUCGUGCCCAUGAUUGCGACUGUUCUCUUUGGUGGGGGGCAUGUACACUCUUUCCGAAGUUUUAUGAACCGAGCUAAUUUGUGUAGCAUUUUCCUGGUCUUCUCUAGCAUUUGGACAUUUCUCGUCGCGGCAUACCCGGCGUACGCUGCUUCUGCUUUGGCGGCGAACACUUUUGCUAGAUGUAUGUUUGCUGCAGCAUUUCCGCUUUUUGGGGAACAGAUGUACAAAAGGCUCGACGACCAAUGGGCUACAUCCUUGCUUGCAUUUAUAACCCUAGCCAUGAUGCCACUUCCGUGA